UUCUACCGUUUUUUACUAUUUCUUUCUACUUUUGCCGACAUAAACUCUCACUCUCUCUCAUUCUCUCUCUACUUUGAAUCUCCUUUCUUCCUUCUUGUGAGUCUUUAAUGGAGGAGAAAACCAGAGCUGAUUCGUGUUGUCUCAGCUUCUCAUUUCAAUUUUGUUUCCAUGGCAGUCUUGCAUGAAUGUUGAACUGAUAGAGUUUCAAGUAUAGAGCUCUGCGGAAUAGAAUGGGGCUGAACAGAGUUGAUUCUGCUACUGCCUUUGCGGUUUACGCCAUUUUUGUUACUCUACCUAUCGUUCUUGCUGCGACUGAUGCAUCUGAUGUUCAAGCUCUUCAGGUUUUGUACUCCUCGUUGAACAGUCCUUCUCAGCUUACCGGGUGGAAGUCCAAUGGUGGCGAUCCAUGUGGAGAAUCAUGGAAAGGAGUAACUUGCGAGGGGUCUGGUGUUGUGGCCGUUGUUGUUCCUGGGUUAGGACUCAGCGGGACCAUGGGAUACAUGCUUUCGGACCUUUUGUCACUUAGAACACUGGAUUUGAGCGACAACAAUAUUCACGAUUCCAUUCCUUAUCAAUUACCGCCAAAUCUCACAAGCUUAAAUCUUGCAAGUAACAACUUCAGCGGGAAUCUUCCUUAUUCCAUUUCAAACAUGAUUGCCCUCAAUUACUUGAAUCUUAGCCACAACUCGAUCUCCCAGUCAAUGGGAGAUAUUUUUGCAAAGCUACAGGGGCUCUCGGUCUUAGAUCUGUCGUUCAAUAACUUAAGUGGAGAUCUUCCAAAUUCUUUCAGUUCGUUGUCCAAUCUUUCUACUCUCUAUAUGCAGAACAAUCAGUUGACAGGUUCAGUUAAUAUUCUUGUAGAUCUGCCUCUGACAAAUCUAAAUAUUGCAGACAACCAUUUCAGUGGCUGGAUUCCUCGGGAGUUAAUUUCAAUUCCAAAUUUUAUAUAUGGUGGAAAUUCCUUUGAUAAUGGUCCUGCUCCUCCUCCACCACCAUAUUCCUCACCUCCUCCUCGUAGGUCACAUAAUAAUAGUAACCAUUCUGGGCCAGGUACACCUGCAACCCAGGGCCAAUCAUCACAUCCAGACAGUGGAAACAAGAAGAAUGAUUUAAACACAGGAACAAUUGUGGGAAUAAUACUUGGUUCAGUAUUCGCCGUUCUUUGUCUGCUGCUUGCUAUUGUAUUUUGCCUUCGAAAAGGUAAAGUUGGGAAGCAUGGUAGUGCACGGGCUUCUAUUGGCACUCCUUCAGCUGGGACUGAUAAAGAGAUGCAAUCUCAAAGAGUCAAAAGUAUGGCUGUUGUAACAGAUCUGAAACCUUCACCUCCGGAGAAGUUGAUGGGUGAGAGAGUACCUGGGAGCAGUGGAUCUGGAAAGAGAGCGAAAUCUCCUAUUACUACUGCUACUUCAUAUGCAAUAGCUUCUCUUCAAACAGCUACAAACAGCUUCAGCCAGGAAUGCCUUAUUGGUGAAGGUUCCCUUGGCCGUGUUUACAGAGGAGAGUUUCCUAAUGGAAAGGUUCUAGCCAUAAAGAAGAUCGACAAUGCAGCAUUGUCAUUGCAGGAGGAAGAUAAUUUUCCUGAAGCUGUUUUGAACAUGUCACGCCUAAGGCACCAGAAUAUCACAACUCUUGUGGGGUAUUGUGCAGAGCAUGGUCAGCGCCUUCUUGUUUAUGAAUAUAUUGGAAAUGGGACUUUGCACGAUAUGUUGCACUUUUCUGAAGAUAGCAGUAAGACGCUUUCGUGGAAUGGUCGUGUUAGGGUAGCACUUGGUACUGCUAGGGCUCUAGAGUACUUGCAUGAAGUUUGCUUACCUUCUGUUGUGCAUAGAAAUCUCAAGUCUGCAAAUAUUUUGCUUGAUGAAGAGCUUAACCCCCAUUUGUCUGACUGUGGACUGGCAGCAUUAACACCAAACACUGAGCGGCAGAUUUCAACUCAGAUGAUUGGUUCCUUCGGGUAUAGUGCUCCAGAAUUUGCAAUGUCUGGAAUUUACACUGUCAAAAGUGAUGUGUAUAGCUUUGGAGUAGUGAUGUUAGAGCUUUUGACAGGUCGGAAGCCACUGGACAGUUCAAGGGUAAGAUCGGAACAGUCUCUUGUCAGAUGGGCUACUCCUCAACUUCAUGACAUUGAUGCCUUGGCAAAAAUGGUUGACCCAGUGCUAAAUGGCAUGUAUCCCGCAAAAUCUCUCUCACGUUUUGCUGACAUUAUUGCCUUGUGCGUUCAGCCAGAGCCAGAGUUCCGGCCUCCCAUGUCAGAAGUUGUACAAGCACUGGUUAGGUUAAUGCAACGAGCAAGUGUGGUUAAGAGAAGGUCUAGUGAUGAAUCAGGGUUUAUGCACAGAAUGCCAGAUUAUGAGGCCGUUGAGAUGUCAUUUUAGUUAUAUUGGGAAUGAAGUAUUACCAUGUUACAGUAAACAUCUGGAAUCAUGAAUAUGAGAAUGCAAAGAAAGUGCAGAUGCAAUUGAACACAGGCAGAACAUAGUCAAGGCAUGGAAGGGGAGGAAGCUCUAUUCCAAGCUGCAAACGAAGGUGUAUAUUUAAGUUCCUUUCCUCUCUCUCUCUCUCCCCUUUGGGCGGGGUAUUCUCUGGAUUUGCAGCAAACGAGGAGAUUAUUUGUUUGAUUCAAGCAUAGACAGUUGAAUAAUGGAGAUCGAGGUGGAUUUAUAGCGAGUGUUUGUGCCAUGGUCAUGGCUCAGAACAUUCCUUAACUAGGGAAUCCUAUUCACCAUUUUUCUUCCCAAUGCUUGUAAAGCUAUUGAUCACAAUUAAACGGCUUCUCAAUCAACUGGAAGAAAGAUUCAUUGGCAUAUUUAUACGGUUGAUGUUGGAGGCUUGUGAGCGGGUGCAGGCCUGGGGAAGAACUUCAUCUACUUUUGCAUACAUAGAGCGUUAGGUCAGUUUAAGUUUUUCCCUUGUUCUCUUAAUUUGUUUUACUCGGACAUGGGAGUUGUUAAUCUGUAGUUUUUCGAGUCAUUUGCAAAUUUUACAAUAGAAGAGUAAACAACAAAUCUAAUAAUCUGUACGUUCACAGCCAAUUGAGGAGCUUUUUCUCAUUGGGAUUAUCCUCAAGAUAAGUUAAGCUGAA